GCAGCCGCAUCACCGGGGCUAGCAGGCGGGGGGGGCGGAUCGCUCCGCCGCUGAGGGCCGAAGCGGAGCCCGAUCCGGAUCCUUCCGCCCAGGGGAGCGGCCGCGGAAAGGAGUCCCCGGCCCCCCAGAAGCAGGCUGCGCCAGGUUCCCGCCAGCUGAGCGGAGCCGUGGCGCCAGCGCUGCCCCCCCACCACAGCCAUGAGUGAGCUGGAUGGAGCAGCUUCGGCAGGAGGCAGAGCAGCUGCGGAACCAGAUCCGGGAUGCGAGGAAGGCAUGUGGUGACUCCACUCUGAGCCAGAUCACAGCCGGGAUGGACCCUGUGGGACGUAUCCAGAUGCGGACACGACGCACCCUGCGAGGCCACCUGGCGAAAAUCUAUGCCAUGCACUGGGGCACUGACUCCAGGCUGCUGGUCAGUGCAUCGCAGGACGGGAAACUCAUCAUCUGGGACAGUUACACCACGAACAAGGUCCACGCCAUCCCACUGCGUUCGUCCUGGGUCAUGACUUGCGCUUAUGCCCCAUCAGGGAACUAUGUGGCCUGCGGGGGCCUGGAUAACAUCUGUUCCAUCUACAGCCUGAAAACCCGGGAGGGGAACGUCCGUGUCAGCCGAGAACUGCCAGGGCACACGGGUUACCUCUCCUGCUGCCGCUUCCUCGAUGACAAUCAAAUCAUCACCAGCUCCGGGGACACCACCUGUGCACUGUGGGACAUCGAGACGGGACAACAGACAACAACAUUUGGGGGGCACAGUGGGGAUGUGAUGAGCCUGUCGCUGGCUCCUGAUGCUCGGAGCUUUGUGUCCGGGGCCUGCGAUGCCUCCAUCAAGCUGUGGGAUGUGCGGGACAGCAUGUGCCGGCAGACGUUCACUGGGCACGAGUCCGACAUCAACGCCGUGUGUUUCUUCCCCAAUGGGAAUGCCUUUGCCACGGGCUCGGAUGACGCUACCUGCCGACUCUUCGACCUGCGAGCUGACCAGGAGCUUAUGAUGUACUCGCAUGACAACAUCAUCUGUGGCAUCACCUCAGUGGCAUUUUCCAAGAGUGGGCGCCUCCUGCUGGCUGGCUAUGAUGACUUCAACUGCAACAUCUGGGACGCCAUGAAGGGAGACCGCGCAGGGGUCCUGGCUGGCCACGACAACCGCGUCAGCUGCUUGGGGGUGACAGACGAUGGAAUGGCUGUAGCCACUGGCUCCUGGGACAGCUUCCUGAAAAUCUGGAACUAGCCCCUCUCUGUGCCAUGCCUGUAUGACGGGGUGUGUGUGGCUCCUGCUGGCCCUACCCACAGCAGGGAGGGGUCCUGGUUUAGCCUCUCCCCCUUUGGUUUUUGCCCAUUUGGUUUUUUUUCUUCUCCUUGGUAAAAAGAAGGAAAAAUAUCCUGCUGGGGGGAGGGGCCUGUGUCUAGCUCUUACUUUUGAGCUGGGGGUGGGGCAGGCACCGAUGGAGGGCUUUUACUCCAGUUUUCCUCCCCCUCCCCAUUUCCCCCCAAGUUCCUAAGGCUUUCAGGGGGGAGGGGUUGCUGCGCUACUCUGCUCUGCCCCCAGCUGGGGGGAGGUGCAGUCCAGGGUCUUAUAUCCCCCCAAACCUGACCUGGGGUGGUGGCCCCCCCGUGGGACACUGAGAUAGAUGGUCCAUGAUUGUGGAGCAACUUUGGAGCAGACCCAGAUAUGUGGGGGUAGAGGAAACAGCCUCCUGCUCCCCAGGAGUCCCUUUCCCCACCAGGGCUCUAUCUGGUGGUGGGGAGUUUGUAGCCGGCUCCCGGCACCAUGUUAAACCUUAAAUGACCAAAACCAA